GGUAUUCUAAACGUGUUCAAGCUCACUUCCUGUUUGAAGUGUGUGAUUUCUUUUCACCUUUGACGAAUGCGUCAAACCACGUGAGCCCGCUCCUAUCGCGGGUGUAUAGGUAGGAGUAUAGAUCUGACCUAGGGUGGAGCAGUUUUGUGAAUCUGUGUUUUAUUUCCCUAUAAACUAACGACGGGCUACCUGCACAAGUAGCUACAUAGAAAUGUAGGAUAACAGAUUUAGAAGUACAGCAUGACGCAAGUGCGUCUGCAGUUAUGCAGGAAAUAUUAUAGACUUCCUCUUAAAGUACCUUGAAGACUAUGAGCCACUGACAGAGCUUAGUCACAACUACUAUGGUGUGAACGCGGCGCUGCGUCUGGAGCAGAUUCAGGAUGAAGUGUUCCCUGCGCUCCUGUUGGGAAGCCAGUGUGCUUUUCUGGCUGGGUCUACUCAUACACUGUGGAGAAGCAAGAGUGCUCACUGAAGUACAGGCUGGGCCUUUGUAUCGCGUGGUGGACACUCCGCUCUCCAUCUCCUGCAACACAAGUGGCUUUUCCAGUGAGAGUAUUCCAAAGGAAUUUCAAUUCCGUAUUAAGAAGCCUGCAAAUCCAGAUUUUGAGAUCAACAUCAUCAGCACCGAUGAUGAAAAAUUCAGCUAUGCCGUGUAUGCACAACGUGUGAGGGCCAAGACUAUUACUCUGACACACGUGUCUCCAAACUCCAUCCUCUUUGAGAUACAAAGCCUACAGAAAAAUGAUGAGGGGGAAUACGACUGUGCUGUAGUCAACAAAGAAAGUACUUAUGAUGGAGUCUACAGUGUUUCAACGAUAGUUAAAGUGAUUGACAACUCCUUAAGUGUUUCAUCACCUGGCCCCACCUCACUGAGCUACAAUGAGGGAGAUGAUCUCACUUUAAUAUGCCAGGCCUCCAGCAACACUGUCCAGCACACCCAUCUGGCUUUAACCUGGUAUCUUCAUAAAGACAACGAGGACAAUGCUCGGCCUAUCAUUUCUCUGGACAGAGAUCUCACGGUGAGCCCGGGCCAGGGGUUUGAUGAGCGUUACAAAGCUGGACUCAUAAGGUUAGAUAAAAUGGGAGAGACCACAUACACGCUAAAGAUGGCUGAGCUAGAGCUGUCAGACCAAGGUAGGGUCUACUGCCAGGCUCAGGAGUGGAUCCAAGAUCCCGACCGCUCCUGGUACUGCAUCAUACAGAAGGAUUCUGAGAAAACUACCCUGAAUGUCAAAGCCAGAGAGGUGGCGCCAGACACAUUGUCUCUGGUGGUGAGAAUCUCAGCACAGGAGACAGCUCUACAGGAGGGGCAGGAGCUGUCGCUAUCCUGCAGUGUAGACACACAGAAUCUGGAGGAAAGGUUCUUCUCUGUAGCCUGGCUCCGGGGGAAUGUUGAGCUGGCUCGCAUCGGCCCUACAGGGAUUCUGUCUGUGGGGCCCCAGUACAGUGUCCGAGAGAAGGAAGGAGAGCUCAGGGCUGCCCGGGUGGGGAACAGAGAUUACCGUCUCAUUUUGCAGCCUGUUAGAACUGAGGACCAGGGGGAGUACCUCUGUAGGGCAUGGCCUCAGGACAGAGACCAGAAUGGUGCCUUUACCCAGGGAGCAGCCCAGGACUCCAGCUCCCAGCUGAUCAGCAUCUCAGCCACAGAAAGUGGGCUUACAAUUGAAAUGCAAGACACCGUGAGUGUUAACGAAGGUGACAGGCUGAACCUCAUAUGUAAAGUGGAUGGGGUUAAAGGUCAGCUCUCUGUCACCUGGCAGCGCAAAUCAGAAUCCACAGCCCAGUUUGCCAGUGUCAGCCUGAGUCAAGAUGGCGUUAUGGAGAAAGAGGGAGACUUUGUGAAUCGCAAAGUAAGAGCAAUGCGUCCAGCAGCUGACAGCUUCACCCUGGAGCUUGAUGAAGUCACACCCCUUGACUCAGGUGAAUACGAGUGUGCUGUGUCGGAAUGGAAAAGCAACAGCAAGACCAACAGCAAAUCACAAACUGCCACUGUGACGGUGGUUCCAGCAGAGUCAUUGGUGAAAUUGUCUCUGAUAAGUCGCAACAACAAUGUAACUGUUGGAGAUAAUGUGGAGUUGAUGUGCCGGGUCAGAGGGCCACGCAUGCCAAUCACGCUGACUUGGAGUAGGCAGCGUGAUCAGCCAACGCUAGAUAACAUCCUGACGCUGUACUCUGAUGGUGCCAUCAGCUGGUCUGGAGACCAGCACCGCUACCAGUUGAAAGUACAGAACAAAGUGAAUGAAGUCAUUCACUCCCUGCUUAUCAACGGUGCGAGCCACAGGGAGGCGGGACGUUACCAGUGUAGGGUGUCGGUCUUCCUGCAGAAUGUAAACAAAAAGGUCCCUCCAUCUCACCCCCUGGCUGUGAUGGUGCAUAAUCGAGUGAGCAAGCUCGCUCUGACCUCUCCCAAAACCUUGACAGCAGAUAUCAACACUGACAUUGAAAUAAAAUGCUCAGUUACCUCAGAACGCUCUGUGUCCUCCCGCUAUGCUGUCACCUGGCUCUUCCAGCAGCAGGCAGAAGAAAAGGUCAUUGUAAGCUCGGACCGGGAUGCCCUAAUAACAUUUGGGCCCUGGAUGGAGCAGCAGCACAGACAGCGAAUAAGCCUGAGGCGCACUAAGGGACCUAGAUUUGAGCUGACGAUUCAGCAGACCCAAAUCUCAGAUAAAGGCUCAUACAUAUGUAAGGUGGUGGAGUGGCUGCCUGAUCCUCAUGGUGACUGGUAUCAGCUCUCACCAGUGGCCAGAACUACACUGCUAACAGUCACUGAGCCUGCCAAUGACCUACGUUUAGAUGCGAAAGAGCAGCAGCAGUUGGUUGCCAGGGAAGGAGACAAAGUAGAGCUCAAGUGUAACAUCAUCUCUGGGGCAUCAAACCCUUCUUUUUUCUACAAAGUCUCUUGGCUUUACACUGGACAGUCAUCUUUGGUCAUCAACGUCACUCUACUGGAGCUUGAUCACACAGGCCUGUUGAGGUACCCAGAUAACCAGGCACUUAGAGACCUGCAGGGGCGGCUUCACCUCACCAGACCCAGUCAGAGCAGCUUCCUCCUAGGUAUUCAGAGGGCUCAUGAGAGUGAUAGCGGGACCUACCAGUGCCUGGUGGAUCAAUAUCAGCUGGAUCGUGAAGGUCACUGGCAGCAAAAGCUCUCAGACAGCGCUGGUCCAAUCAUGCUCACUGUAAAUGUUGCAGAAAAAAACCUGUCUGUUGUAAGGAACGAGCAGGAGUGGAAUGUGAGCAGAGCUUUCACUAUCCCUUGUCAAAUCACCAAACAAUCAAGCAGUGAAUCUGAGUUCCAGGUGACGUGGUUUUGGAAGAAAGACAGCGAAGCUGAACAACAGCCCAUAUUCACAGCUUACCGAAACUCUACCCUGCAAGACAGGUUUGUGAUGGGUGAUCAGCUAAAAUUUGACCACCCUCUACCCACCCAUUUCAACCUCACAUUGUUGAAGCCGAGACCAGAAAACAGUGGCCUCUAUUUCUGUGAGGUAGAAGAGUGGCUCCCAUCUCUGUCUCAUGGGUGGAGGAAGGUUGCAGUGGAAAAGUCCGGAUAUUCAACUGUUAAUGUGUAUGAAGAAGCCUUCUUUGAACGACAACACCAGACAAUUACCUGGAUUUUCGUAGCGCUGCUCAUCUGUUCACUGGUGGUCAUUUCUGUAUUGGUGCUGAUAAUAUGCCGAAACAAGGCCUCAGGAGGGAAGAAGUCAGACCAGACUUUAUGGAUAGAGCAACACCCUCUGAAUGCCAAACCUAAUGCAGAGGAGUGAACCUCACAGAGUAACAGUGGAGAGAAGCAAAAAAA